AUGGAUCGAUGGGUAGGAAAAGUGGCGAUCGUAACUGGUGCUAGCUCCGGCAUCGGUGCCGCCACCGUGCAGGCUCUUGCCCGGGCCGGCAUGGUUGUGGUAGGUCUGGCACGUCGCGUUCAGCGUGUAGAGGAGCUGAAGCAAACACUACCACCGGAAGUUGGAAGCCGCAUUCACGCGUACCGGUGCGAUGUGACCAGCGAAGACUCGAUAGUGAACGCUUUCGGGACUGUCGAUCGCCAGCUCGGUGGGGUGGAUGUGUUGAUCAACAAUGCAGGCGUGUCGAAGCUAACCUGCACACUGCUAACACCCGGCAACGCAGACGAUUUGCGCACUGUGAUGGACACGAACGUGAUGGGGCUGGUGCUGUGCAGCCGCGAAGCGUUCCAAUCGAUGAAACGCCGCCAGACCGCCGGUCAUAUAGUGAACAUUAACAGCAUUCUCGGCCACAAGUACAUCGGGUUUCCCAACCUCAACAUCUACGGUGCAUCCAAGUAUGCGGUAACGGCGAUAACGGAAACGUUGCGAAAUGAUCUGCGCAACGAAGGCACCAAGGUGAAGGUUACGAGCAUCAGUCCCGGGAUAGUGCGAACAGAGAUGGUGCCAGAGGGCAAACAGUUCGAAAAUACGCCCAUGCUGGAAGCGGAGGACAUUGUGGGAGCGAUACUGUAUGCGUUGGCCACUCCUCCUCAUGUGCAGGUGCACGAGGUUAUCAUCAAGCCGGUGGGCGAGCUGGAUUAA